GUUGAACGGGAGGUAGACGACGAGGGAGAAAACAGGCACCAUCCACACAGAUUUUCACCUCUGAGCGCAUCCCGACAUCUCCGCAGACUGCACCGCAGCUCCAUUCAGCCACGUAAAGACGCAGAAGAAUCUGCCAGGAUGGUGACAGUCACUGUGAUCACACUCAGCUUCCUGGUCACUAUAGUUCUUUCUGCCCCUGUGAAAGUCGACAAGGACUCAGGACUCAGGAACGUUACCUUGUUCCACGGGGAGGAUUUUCACAUCAUGCUGCCCUCGAACAAGUCGGACGUCUUGUUUCAGAACAUGUCUGUCCCGCGGUCGGCUGAUGUGGUUCUGAUGCGAAAAGGUGUUCCGGUCAGCAAUCGGACCAAACUCAACAUCCGUCUCAGCCACCUCAUCAUAGAGUCUGUGGGUGAGGGAGAUGAGGGCGUGUACGUGGUGAAGAAUUCAGAGAAGCCAGAGGAUGUCAGACGCUUCAAGCUUACAGUCCGAGAUUGCUCCAACGAGCAGAGCGUUAAGUACGGAGACAAUUACCACAUUCCGCUGCAGGGGGUGACUCCUCCUAUCACCCUGGAGUACAGGCCCAGUGCUGUGGAGGCCAACCAGACAUCUAGACCAGCUCUGGUGCUGUUGACCAGUACAAUGAUGUCCAGGGAGGGCUACCAGGGUCGUAUCAGCGCCAAUGAGCACCACGUCACCCUCAGUACUGUCACGGGUGCUGAUGCGGGUAGCUACACUGUCAGGGAUGCCGAAGGUGUUAUCAAAAAGAAAGAGUGUCUCAACGUCAAGGCGCACCAGAACUUUCUGUCCGUCCCGUAUGGUAAAAGACUGAAGAUCAACCUGAUACUCAACAGCUCCUUGGUCCACCUCUACUACAGCCGUAACAAUGAACCCACAAGCCAUCUGUUGCUGGACAAGGGAGAAUUUACAAGUGCUAAAGAGGAGCUGGGUCUCCAGGACCGUCUCUCUAUGGAGGGUUCAUUGGUUUUUCUAGACCAGGUCAGGAGCUCAGAUGCAGGCCUGUUCAGAAUUACUGACAUACUGGGAUUCCCUGUGUCCAGCAUCCACCUGACAGCACAACCCUACAAGCUAGAGUCACUGUAUGUGGCCAUCAUUGCCCUGUUAGGCGUGCUGGUUUUCCUUCUGCUGGUUUGCCUGCUGUCCUGCCUGAUCAAAGUGAAGAAGAGGGCCAAGAGGGCUGCUGCCCUGGAGAAGAUUGCCCAGAACGCUGGCAAAGAGGACGAGGGAGAGGCCUUCAGACAGGUGGUGAAGAACAUCACCAAACUCAGUGAAGAAUCCAAGCAUUCCCAGGCUGACACUACAGAGAAAUCUCAGAGCACUGAGGUGGACAUUAAAGGUCUGGAGGUUUCCUCUAAAGAGGUUGGAAUUGGUAAUUUAGAGACCAGUGACUCUGGCGUUGGCUUUAACACUGCCCUUCCACUGGACACUGACACUGAUGCCCCUGAUCAAAUCCCUGACUCUGAGGCUGUAAGCAUCUCUGUUGCUCCUGAAACCAAACCAAGUCCACCAUCUGCCGCUGAGUCCCAGCCAAGCGCUCCACCAGCUAUGGAAAUUAAGCCCAGUCCAGUAGCUGAAACUAAAUCCAGCCCAACACCCGAGACCAAGAAAACCCCUGAUCAGCCCAUGGAAGCAAAGUUGGAUGUGCCCAAACCAGGAGAAGUUAAGCUUAGCCCAGCCCCGAGCCCUGAGCCCAAGGCUGGUCUAAGUCCAGCUGAUCCAAAGCCUGCACCCAGCCCAAGCCCGGAGCCGAAAGCAGCUGCUCCUAAAGACCCAACACCUGAAAGUAAGAGUGCCCUUACUCCCACACCUGAGAGCCCCAAACCAACCACACCAGAACCCAUCACUAAUGGUACACCUGAGCCAGAUUCCAAACCAAGCCCAGAUCAUGCUGAUAUUAUCGGAGGCUCAGGUCCAAAAGCAGCCCCCGCUAAAACCCCUGAAGUGGAGCUGAAAUCUGGUGGUUCCGUGUUAGAGGUCAGCAAAGACGGCACCGUGGCUGAGGAUUCAACCACCACCUGAGGACUGCCCCCUGCAAAAACACGAGGGAAGCCCCACAGAUCUUCUCCAUCUACCACCACUGUAGACAAUCGAACACCCCCUACCAGAUAAUCAAGAAACCACUGAAACUGGGGCGAG